AGCAGAAGCGUCACAACGACAAAAAAAAAUCAAGCAAGAAGGAAUUGUUAUCAUCCAAUAAUUGAGUCAAGGAGGAGGAGGAAAGAUGACAGGUGCAGCAGAGCCUGGUCGUACUAGUACUAGUAUGCUGUUCAAAUGCAAGUGUGAGUCUGUCCAGUUUGAGCUGAGUGGUGAACCGCUCUUGGACGGGAAUUGCCAUUGCCAUUCCUGUGUGGCUUGCUGUCGCUAUGUGGACGAGAAACACAAUAAGGGAGGAGGCACCACCGGGAUUGUCAAUCACGGUGCCGCCUUUACGUUUUUCAAACCGGAUCAACUGGUCAAGUACACCGUGGCGGAUUCGGUAAAAAGAGAAGACAACAACAAUAAUGGCGUAUUGGGAGCUGUCAAGGUGGGAGACAGUGGCAAAAAUAUGCGCUUGUUCACAACUUGCUGUGGCACCAUGGUGGGAUUUGCUCUCCCCAAGAUGAUUGGUCUCAAUCGCAAUUGUAUUACUGUUGUCAAUGACAAUGACAAUAAUAAUGACCCCUACCAACCUGCCGAUCCUAUCAUGAACUGGCGAAAGAACGAUGCCUUUGACCCCUCCAUUGUUCCCGAACCCAGUCACAAAAUGGUCCCCAUCUCGACCAUGUUCUCCUUCAUGAUGCCAAUGAUGAAUCCGUUUGGACCCAAGUUUGAUCCAAAAGAUGAAAAUCAGAAAAUGUUCUUUCCGGAACUCGAUAAAGCCGAGAUUGUGGAAAUUACGUGGUAGUCAGUACCGGUACGUAGUGAGCUAAGCUACCAAUCUAUUGUCGGAAGGCCAGUACUGGUAAAACUCGUGUAUAGCUACGCCUCGGCAGCAUGCAAGAUCACGCCACAUUAAAUUAUAGUUUCAGUUUCAAUUUGUCU